ACUUACUGGGUACCCUGUGUUCUAGUUGAGCCCGCAAUCCAGGAUUCCAAAUCCAAUAUGGCGGACAAACAGAAAACACGUGAAAGCGCUCUUACCUUCAAAAUUCUUGCAGAAUGUUCAACGACAAAAGCCCGUACGGGGAUUUUAACCUUGCCGCAUCACCGGGUAGAGACGCCUGUGUUUAUGCCGGUGGGGACACAAGGCACAAUGAAAGGAUUGACAUGUUCACAGCUCGAAGACUUGGAUUGUCAAAUCAUCCUGGGAAAUACGUAUCAUCUGGGGAUGAGACCGGGAACUGAAACACUAGAUAAGGCUGGAGGACUUCAUGGAUUUAUGAAUUGGAAACGAGCAUUGCUUACAGACAGUGGAGGUUUCCAAAUGGUAUCCCUGAUUAAGCUAUCUGAAAUCACAGAAGAAGGAGUGAAAUUUCAGUCUCCACAUGAUGGAAAAGAACUAUUACUCACACCUGAAAAAUCUAUGGAGAUUCAGAACUCCAUAGGUGCAGACAUAAUGAUGCAGUUAGAUGAUGUUGUCAGUAGCACUACCAAAGGACCUCGCGUUGAGGAGGCCAUGUGGAGGUCUAUUAGGUGGUUGGAUAGAUGCAUAGCAUCACACAAAAGAACAAAGGAGCAGAACCUGUUUGCUAUUAUUCAAGGGGGGUUAGAUACAGAGUUAAGGAAGCAGUGUGUGGAAGAAAUGGUCAAGAGAGACACACCAGGGAUUGCUAUUGGUGGGCUAAGUGGCGGAGAGGAAAAGGAUCAGUUCUGGAGAACAGUAACCCUUUGCACUGGGCUCCUGCCGAGAAAUAAACCUCGCUAUGUCAUGGGAGUAGGUUAUGCUGUUGACCUUGUUGUGUGCUGUGCACUCGGAGCCGACAUGUACGACUGUGUCUACCCAACUAGAACAGCUAGGUUCGGCACUGCCCUUGUUCCGUGGGGUCAGCUCCAUCUGAAGAAAAAGCAGUUCAGCUCUGAUAUACGUCCCAUCGACCCAGACUGUACGUGCAGUACGUGUGCACGCCACACUCGUGCCUUCCUCAAUAGUCUUCUGGGGCGAGAAUCUGUCGCCUGUCACUAUAUCACGAUACACAACAUAAGCUAUCAGAUGCAACUUAUGAGAGGCAUCCGGGAAAGCAUAAAAGCAGACAAAUUCCCACAAUUCGUUAGGGACUUCAUGCGACGAAUGUAUCCAGAGGGGGAGUACCCUAAGUGGGUGGUUGAAGCGCUGUUAUCAGCCAACAUUGAUCUGAAUGGUGACAGUUGACAUCUUGAAUGGGCUGUUAGUAAAUAAUAUUUUUAAAAAAUUAAAUAUUCUCACACAUGAUUUAUCAUGAUUUAUCUCAAAUGAUUUGUUCUCAAGUAUGGCCUUCCCUUGCGAUAGAUAGUUCCAAUACCCUUCCCCGUCUUAGUUCAAGGUUGUUGCCACUCUUUACUUGUAAAAAUUAACAAAAAGAAUAAAUUUCAUAGUUUUUUUUAUUGUGUACAACUAGAACAGCUGUAGAUAUAAUACUUUUCAUAAAGUCUGUUAUAAUGUAACUUCUAACGAUUAUAAACUUUUCAACAAAUAUAUUUGCAAAAAAUA